AUGAGACUGAAGUAUCAAGGCUCUACCAAGGUGAAACGUGCUCAACUACAGGCCUUGAGGAGAGAGUUCGAGAUUAUUGGCAUGAAGGAGGGUGAAAAAGUUGAUGAGUACUUUGCCAGGACAUUGACCAUUGCCAAUAAGAUGAAGGCGCAUGGAGAAAGGAUGGAGCAGAGUGUGAUCAUUGAGAUCUUGAGGUCAAUGACUCUCAAGUUCAAUUAUGUCGUCUGUUUGAUAGAAGAGUCCAAUGACCUCUCCACCAUGACCAUAGAUGAGCUUCAAAGUAGUCUGUUAGUUCAUGAACAGAGGAUGCAAGGACAUAAGGAGGAGGAGCAUGCUCUGAACAUCACCAAUGCAGAGAAAAAUGAAGGGAGAGGAAGAGCUCGUGGAGGUUUCAGAGGAAGAGGCCGAGGCAGGGGUAGGCACUCUUUCAACAAAGCCUUGGUCCAGUGUUACAAUUGCCAGAAACUAGGCCAUUUUCAAUAUGAAUGCCCUAGUGGGGAGAAAGGUGAAAAUUACGUAGAAUUAGAUGAGGAAGAAGAGAUGCUUCUGAUGGCGUACGUGGGAAUAAAUCAAUCAAAGAGGGAGAAUGUAUGGUUUCUCGACUCAGGCUGCAGACCACAUGUGUGGUACCAAGGAGUGGUUCUUUGA